GGUGAGGGUAAAGUUUACACGGAUUCCAGGACAUGUAGGGGUGAAGGGGAAUGAAAUUGUAGAUUGGGAAAACAAGACAGUAAACGGGAAUCUAUUAGCAAUUUCCAUAAGUAAAGCAGAAGCUAAAGUGCAAAUGGUCAAAAACUAAUAAGAAGUGGCAGUACAAUAGGUGGCGGUAAUGCACCAUUAAAGUUGGAUGCCAACAGCCGUUAAACAAUGAAGAAGACGACCCCGGACGCGAAACGCCGAAUUCUAAAACACGAAGAAGAAGAAGCGGUACUGUGUUUGACAGUUUCCAAGGAGACCGCCAGUACUACUCAGUGCUCGGCUGCUGGUCAGUGCCGAGGGUCAAAGACCGUCAAGAUGUCAUUUUUAUUCGACUGGAUCUACAGGGGAUUUAGUAGUGUUUUACAGUUCUUAGGUCUGUACAAAAAAACUGGGAAGCUGGUUUUCCUGGGCCUGGACAAUGCUGGUAAAACAACACUCCUACACAUGUUAAAAGAUGACCGACUUGGCCAGCACGUGCCAACGCUGCAUCCAACUUCUGAAGAGCUGACAAUUGGCGGCAUGACAUUUACUACAUUUGAUCUAGGAGGACAUGUACAAGCUCGAAGAGUGUGGAAGAACUACCUGCCCGCUGUGAAUGGAGUUGUCUUUCUUGUAGACUGCGCAGAUCACGACAGGCUCACAGAAUCCAAGACUGAGCUCGAUGCUCUCCUAGGAGACGAGACCAUAGUCAAUGUACCAGUGUUGGUGUUGGGUAAUAAAAUUGACCGACCUGAGGCCAUAAGUGAAGGAGGACUGAGGGGAGCUUUUGCUCUUGAUGGUCAAGUUACCGGAAAGGGAAAUGUCUCUAUGAAGGAGCUGAAUGUCCGACCCCUGGAGAUUUUCAUGUGCAGCGUGUUGAAAAAACAAGGCUAUGGGGAAGGUUUCAGAUGGUUAUCACAGUACAUCGACUGACACGCAGCACUGACGCUUAACCAGGAAGGAGAUUUCUUGACACAUUUUCAUGAAGCACGAUAAAGACUUUGUGUCGUG